AUGGCGGGGAGGGCGGGGGGAGGAGCAGGAGGCGUGAGGGGAGACGGGGAGAGCAUGCCCUCUCCUCGAGCAAGGAUAGCAUCUUCCUCCUCUCUGCGACAUGAGCCCGUGGGUCUGCGAUCUUCCCCAACAGAGGGGUCAGUCCUGCGUAACGGCAUGCUUGACACGCUAUGGCGCGGGGGAGCGACAAAUUUUGUACCAGAUAAUGUGCGGAAGGGAUCAGGAGGAGGAGGAUGGGGAGGAGACGAAGGAGGACGAAGAGGAGAAGGGAUGAUCCCCUCUCCAAGAGCGCGAGACGCAGGGUGGGAUCUGAAAAAGUCGAAUCCGAGCUACGUGCCGCCGCUGCGAGUUCAAGAUGUGGAGAGAAAUCCGAUGGACUCCUUGCUCUCUCCUUCUCUCCGGGACACGUCGAGCAUGCCAGAAGGGAAGACGCCGCUGUCUGCAAGAGGGGAGAGGAGGGUGAGGUGGGGGAGCAACGAUGAAGUGAGCAUGGACCAGCCGCCGAGAGCCAACGGCGAGUCUUCUUUCUCUCCCAGCACGAUCUCUCCCAGGAGAGUGGGACUGGAUGUCCUUGAGGAUGGCACGAUAGUAGAGCGAUACUCGGACCCCAACAACAUUUCGCCCAUCCUCUCCAAGUCUCCGAGUGUCUCGCCGCCCGAGCAGAGGAGCAGCAUGCUUGCCGGGUUUGCUCUGUCGCUGACCCCGUCAGAGAGCAGGAGGGGAGGACCAGAGGAACCCUCCUGGCUGCGAUCGAACAUCAGUCAUGGUCCGUCGAGACCUUCCGAACAAGGCGCAAGAGAUCCGAGGGAGCUUGUUGGAAGCAGCAGCAAGCUGAACCCUUCUUCCUCCUCCUCCUCCUCCUCCCAUCGGCUGGGCGACGCAAGGAGACUGUUCGAUGGUGGGCGGGAAGGAGGAUCGGAGGGCAGGGGGAAAGAGUUCAGCGGGGUCGGACUGGGGAUCAAGAGAGUGCGAGGGAGGGAGCAGGACGGAGGGUUUGCUCUUGAAGUGAGGGAGAUCCUGCCGUUGGGGGCAGCGGCGAAGGUGAUAGGAGACGACGGAAGCCCGAUGAGCAGCGGCGACGUGCUGCUGGCCGUGGACGGGAUGGAAGUGUCAGGUGAAAAUGCUGACAUGGCUCAAAACCUUCUGAGUGGACCGACGGGGAGUAAGGUGACGCUGCGACUUCAGAGAGGCGGGAGGUAA